ACCAAUUUUCCUAACAUUUAUAUAUACGGUGCUAUUUUUCUAUAAUAAUACUUUAUUAUCUUUUCCCUAACCGGUAAAAUGUACAAAAAAUUAAAAUUAAAAUUCAUAACUAAAAUAAAAGAAAAAAUAUCUUCGGUAACUCCUCCUCCAUACGUAGUUUCCUCGUUCUCUUUCAUAUGAAAUAACUGUAAUCAACUAUUGACCAUUUAUUCCAUGAAAUACAUCAUGGCCUCUUCUAUCCAGACACGUUAGCUUAUAUAUCCCACAUUUAUUUUCUAAAAGUACAUAUUUCAUGUUUCUAUUUCAUCUGAAAUACAUUCCACCGGGGUUGCCAUUGGGGCCAUGCUCCAUAAAACCAUAUGCAUAGCAACAUUUGAGAAAUAUGGUAGAUUGCUUUUAGAUUGCAACUACAUUUUCACAUUGUCUAUUUUAUAUGCCUCACGUAGAAGGGAAAAUGAAUAUGUCUGAUAUUUUGAAUUUUGAGUUUUGAGUUUAGUUUAUGGAAGAUUUGAAUUGAUAUUGGAUUAGAGUUUAUAUUUCCGUGUAGGAUAUAAUGAUUAGUCGCUAGGGUUUAGUUUAUGGUCGAUUGGGGUUGAUAUUGGGCAAGCAUUACCACUUUCAUAUUUUGAUAUUUGGAUUAAGGUUUUAUAUUCAUGUGUUGGAUUUAAUGAUUACUUGAUAAGGUUUAGUUUAUAGACAAUUGGGGUUGACAAUGGAGCAAUCAUACCAUUUUCAUAUUGUGAUAUUUGGAUUAGGGUUUAUAUUCCCCUAUUGGGUUUAAUGAUUUAUAGAGUUUAAUUAAUGGACUAUUGGGGUUGACAUUGGAGCAAGCAUUACCACAUUCCAUGAAGCCAUAACCAUAUCAACAUAACCAUUUUAUAAUUUCACCAAUAUGUACUAUGCUAUUUAUUUUGCUCCAUUCUAUUUGACUUUAAGGUUUAUAUUUUAGUAAUGAUUCAUAUCAUGUGAUAUUUGGAUUAUAGUUUAUAUUUUUUUUUUAGGGUUUAGUGAUUAAUAUUUUGAGUUUAGUUUAUGGAAAGUUUGGGUUAACGUUGAGGUAAGCAUUAUCUCAUUCCAUGUAAUCAUAGACAUUUUAAAAUUUGAACAGUAUAUACUAUGUUAUUUCGUUUGUUAUUAUUCUAUUUUAUUGAUGUUUCAUAAGUACUAUUUGCAUAUUUUUAUAUUUGUGUUAGGAUUUAUAUUUCUUUUUAGGAAUUAGUGAUUAGUAUUUUGGAUUUAGUUUAUAGAAGGUUUGGGUAAAUGAUAGGGUAAUUAUUACCUACUUCCAUGCAAUCGUAGACAUUUCAAAAUUUAAACAAUGUGUAAUAUGCUAUUUCGUUGUUAUUAUUCAAUUGCUAGGGUUGUUCUACACCAUUUUGGUUAUAUAGAAUGUGAACUUUGUAACUUUCAAUUCUUCACAUAUAUUCACAUAUGUUACUUCUUUUGAGUGCACUUUCUAUAACUUUAAAAUGUCUACUAUUUUUUCUUCUUUUUUAUUGCAUACAGUUAAAACUUAUGUGGUAAAUAAUUUGGAACAAGUGCUUUGUUUCUAUAUGUGAUUGUAAAUACUCCACAAAAAGCACGAGUCAUUUACUAUUUUUUUGCAUCUCGAGACUUAUUAAGCCCAAGGAUAAAACCGGACAGUUUGAAAUCUAAAUGUGUGACGUUGCAUUGUGUCAAAAUCAUUGCCACUCACCUUAUUUAUGUUUAAAAUCUGCCUAUUACACAAAUAAACCCUACAUACUACUCACUAUUGAAGUAGAAGCAUUUACUAGAUAAUGUUAAAACACGUCUUUGAUUAUCUUCAUCAUAAAACUUAGUUUUCAAUUUUAGUCUCAACUAAUAUAUAUUACAAAAAUCCAAACUCUAAAUAUAUCACGGAAAAUCUAUUUACUAUAUAAUUUUCCUAUGAAAAAAUGUUAUCGUUCUAAGAAAAUCUCAAACUAAUUUUUAUAUAUUUUUUGAAACAUAAAAAAUAAUAUUAUCGAGGUAAAUUUUGAUCUAAUGUAUUCAUCUAUAAUAUGUUUAUUUUAUUUUUGAGAUAAAACAUAGAUAAAUGUUGUUUUUCUAUAUAUAGAGACAAAAUAACAUUUUCUAUAUUUUUCCUCAUAUAUAUAUAUAUAUAAUAUAUAAUUCACAUUUUUCAGCACAUAUUUAUAGAUUUUGAAUAUAAUACAAUCUAAUGUAUAAUCUUGUAUUAAUUAAAUUGGAAGUGUUGCAGUAUGUAUAUACGUCUGAAACAAAUAAAUAACCUUGUAUCUAUAGUUCAUAUUACGAAUUAAAAACAGGGUGUUGAAUUGUAAGAUGACAUCAAAACAGGAAAGAACUAGUGAACUACUCAGUGAAAAACACUAUUAGUAAUGAAAAAGCAGAUGCGCGAUAAAACGACAUACAAAAUGGGCACGGUGUAUAAGAUUUGGAGAGGAACAUAUUUCACUCUUCUAAUUGUUUAAUGGGAAUGAUUGAUGGUCUAAAUGUCAGGAUAGUCUAUAAAAUCAUCCCAACCUGAAAAUAUUAUAAUUGCUUAAGCCGCAUGCACAGUGUCCGGUGGGUACGGCUUAGCACUAAUCAUAGUGCAAUAAUAUGAAUAGCAAUAGUAUAUAAAAAUGCACUUUUAUGCAGACACCCACGCAGGAAAAUAAAAUGAAAAGUGACUUUCUUUUUCACCAAGACCCGUAAUCUCUGCUGAUAAAAUUUCAAAAGCAGUUUCCACCUUUUCCCUAUAUCUUUUGUGUUUGUUUUUUCAAACUUUACUUAUAUUUAAUAGAAAUACCGAUUGCCUUACAAAAAAUUACUGUCUGCAUUUUAAAUUUGUUUUUGUUAGUUCGUGAUCUUUAUUUGAGAUCAGCAACAAAGAUGAUUGUUUCCACCACGAACGGCUAUAGGCUAUUAUUGCUAUUGUGGUUGUUGGAUUCAUUCACCAUCACUGCACUUUUAAGUUGAUUAGCUAAUGUUUUGAUAAACUUGACAACCUAAAAUUACAUAUUAGAGAUAGAUUUUAUACUUAUCACAUAACACACGCAGUUAAUUAUAAAAAAAAAAUUGUCCUGGAUUACGUUGAUUUAUAGUGAAAAACAAAGAAAAUAAUUUACGAGGAAUAUUUGCAUGCAUUAAGCUUUUUUCACUGUUCCAAAGAACUUAAUUUUUCACCUCAGGCUAACAUCUUUGGGAGCUUAUGAACGAGAACUUCCUUGAUUUUUCAUUUAAAUAAAAAUAAAAAGGAGCCAAGACAUGCGUUAUUAUCCAUAUCAUGGAUGCAUGAACGAAAACAGGAAAGAUAAGGAUGUUGACGUCAAUCAAUGUAUAUAGUACGUAGAUGUAUUAUACAAAUAAACCCAAGCCUACGAAUUGUCGUAUAGCUUAUAUUUAUUUGGCCCACAUUUAUAUCAAGGGUCGACAAAAAGAUACAUUGAGAACUAGAUUUAUAAGUUGUCUAAAUGGCAAUGGUCCAUAUCAAAUAGAUUAAGAAGGAUUAGGAAUAAUAUGUAUUCAACUGAAAAUUUGAUGUGAAUUGUUUUUAGAUGACAAAUCGAUUGUUAUUCAAAUAAGAAGUUUAAAAUUUCAUUUAAAGUUUAGUGUGUUACUGAACUUGACAUUUCAUAAAAUAUUUGAAAUCUACUGUUGUUGAAAAAAAUAAAUCUUGAAUUUUAGAAGUUUUUAGUGAUUUUAUAAUGUUUGGAUGAAAUUUCUUAAUUAGAAAAAUAAAAAUCUAAUUUUAUAACUUUUUUUGUGCUUACAUAUCAACUCUUUAUUAGUCAAUAUGAGAGUACAUGAUUUUGACAAUGCAAGUGAUUCAACCACAUUUAUAAACAGAGAAAUCUAGAAUCACACAUUUGGAUACACAUUUUGAUUCUACGCUAUACAAUAUAAAACUCAGUUAUAAUUCCACCUCAAUAAGUACAAACUCAUCCUACUACCCAUGAUAAGCUGCCUCUUAACCACUUAAUUAGACCAAAGAGACGACAACAAUGAGAACUCACAACGACGGUUUUCGUGGUUAUUUCGUCAUAAAAUAGAGUUUAUGACGAAAUAACUACGAAAGCUAUUUCAUCGUUAAACAUUCUUCGUAACAUAUAUUUCCUCGCUAAUUCGCCGUAAAGUGAAAGGUUUCGUCGUAAAAGCCACGUAAACUAUUUCCUCGUAAAAACUACGUAAACAUUUUCCUCGUAAAGAAUACAUAAAAAAAUUUCUCGUAAAGUAGACGCUUGAUUACGUCGUUCUUUACACGUAAUCUUUACGACGAAUCUCCGUGUCUUUCGUAGUAAAUUCCUCGCUAACAUUUUUUCAAUUUCCUCGCUAAUUAAACGUAAUUUAGCUACGGAUUUGCUUAGAUUCUUUAUUUUAAAAAAAUAAUAUAUAAUCAAAAAUAUUUUUAAAUUUGUUUCAAAAUUAUUAAAAAUGUAAAUAAGAAAUCAUAUGAAAAUAUUUUAUAAAUAUUUAAGUUUCAAAUUUAUAAUACAAUAAAAAGAAGAAAAAAAAAACUAAGGGGCAUGUGCGCCUACCGAGCUAGCAACACCCCCCUCUUUCUGUUGUUCUGCAUCUCCUCGAAGAGGUCUGGACUCCUUCUCUCUACUUCUUCCUCAUCCUCAUGCGUGCUGGGUGGCUCUAGAACGGGAUUUUGUCUCAGCAUCUCUGCCAACAUGGUCUCCAAAUGAGGAUUUCCAGCCGCUAGAAGGUCCAGAAAGCCCUCAACUAACUCAUACGAGCUGUGAAUGCAAACCGCGUCGAGUUCAACUCGGAACGCAGCUGAGUGAUUUCAUCAGCCGUCACUGACCAUAAGACGCUGUUGCCCUUGGGACAUCGUUGACAAAACCAAUCCCCAACGUACGUCCCUUUUUCUUAGAGACAACCUUUAAAAAAAAAGAUAAAUGUAAGUGAUAAAAAAAAUAGAUUAAAUAAAUAAUAAUAAUAAAAAAAAUUAAACUUUUACCUUCUCGUAAAUCUGAUCCAUUUCAGGUGUGGAUAAUGUGACCGGUAUUCCAUCGGGGGACUGCUGGGUCAGCUGGGUUUGGCGGUCUUCAAUCCGAGCAACCACAUCGUUGUAGAUUUGUUCGGACCCAUGAUCUACAAAUUGCCCAGCCUUGUUCUUGUGGGUCCUCAUAUAGAUCCUUAAGAGACGGGAGAACAUUUAAGAAACAUUUUAAAAAGUUAUAAUAUAUUAAAAAAAUUAAUUAAUUAAAAUAUUUACCAUAUCCAAACGGACACCAAUGUGGGGUUUCUGACCCGUAGAGUGAAACAUCGGCCCGUUGCCAUGCCCAUCUUUCGUUAGACAGGAGGCGGAGCAAAUGUUGGAGACUUUAAUGGACGAUGGCAGGUUCCAAUAACGAAUGAGGCCAUCCCACACUUCCUUGGUGAGCUCAGCGGGUUUUCUCUGCUCAUAACCCUUCACGAUCCAAUCAUCAUUCCAGUUGGAUACCGUGGCUAACAAUCGACCUUUCGCCUUCCCGACAAACGCUUUUUUCACCCUCUCGUUCAUCCCUACGGACCAAUGAUAUUUUUGCUGUAACAGAACAAAUUAGAUUAAUAAUUAGUUUAAAAAUAAUAAAAAGUUGUAAUAAAAAAAAGUUUAUAUAAUUAAUAGUAACUUACAACGAAAUCAAUUUCCAGUUCGGAUGAGCGUCGGGGAAGUAGCCUUUGAUUGCCUUCGAACCCCAAAGCUGAAAAAACCAAAGUAAAAGUAUUUAAAUUAUUUAUUAUUGUUAUAAAAUAAUUGCACAAUAAAAAUGUAACGUACAACAAAGUUUUGUCCGGUUGGUCAGAAUCUAAGACUGGUAAACCUUCUCUGCAUGCCUGACGUAAUUUUACGAGGACUAAUUGUAGCAAACGAGAUCUUCACUAAUUUUAGAGAUUCCCACAAGUGAUGAUUUUAGUUUCUUCAGUUUCCACCUAUAACAAAUUCUGAGCUUUUGAGUAAAACAGAAUACUAAACAAAAGCCAGUUCCUCAAAGCCAUUAUCAUGUCUGCUUCAAGGUAAACCAUAUGCUUUUGUUCUACACUUUUGUGAAUUGAUGUACAUAUUGUAAAAUGAGUACGUGGGUAUGUAAAUAAAUCAGGUCUCAAGUUGUAAUUAACCCAUCUGACUGAAAAAAGUUUGUUUAUAUGUUAAUCAGGGACCCUUUGGUGGAUGCUCUUAGUAUGAAAGAGGGAAAUGGUGAACACAGUUACGAUACCAAUUCUCAUUAUCAGAGAAGUGUUUUCUCCGAGAUAGAACAUGUGGUGAUAGAGAGCUUCAUAGAAAUGUUAAUGAAUUUGGACUAUCUCGAAUACAUCAAAGUGGCUGGUUGUUCUUCUGGAAGAAACACGUUGUUUGCCAUGUCCGAGAUUGUCAACACGAUAAUACAAUCAUACCAUCAAAAAGGUCGACUCAACGCACCAGAGAUCGAGUGUUGUCUGAACGAUCUUCCACAUAACGACUUCAACACUACCUUCAAGUUGGUACCUUCCUUUCUAGAGAAGCUGAAGAUUGAGGUCAAAGGAAAGUGCUUCGUGUCAGGAGUCCCAAAAUCUUUCUAUUCAAGGCUGUUCCCAAGCAUGUCUCUUCAUCUUGCUCAUUCAUCUUUUAGUCUCCAUUGGCUUUCUAAGGUCCCUGAUGGUCUCGAGAACAACAAUACAAGCAUCCAUAUCAAUGAUACAUCCCCUCCAGAUGUCUACAAAAGUUAUUUGAAUCAGUUCAAGAAUGAUUUCUCGUUGUUCUUAAGAAUGCGUUCAGAAGAGAUAGUGCCUAAUGGGCAGAUGGUUCUCACGUUCGUGGGAAGAAAGGUUUCUGAUCCUUUAUCCAAAGAUUGUUUUCAGGUUUGGUCGUUGUUAUCCGAUUGCAUCCUUGAUCUAGUGUCCGAGGUUAAGAGAGCAAUGGGACGUCGUUAUAGCUAUAGUCAGCCAUCAGAGUCCGAGGACUAUGGUGGGAACUCAAGAGACAGCAGUGGGUAUAGCUCUACAGAGGAGCUCAUUCGGCGUGAUCAAGCAGAGCUAGGCCACUCAGAGUUCCCCGAACCACAUCAGUAUCCUCCUCAACCCGAAGUCGAGUUUGGUUUCCCACAAAUCUGCUACUGUGGAGCUCAACCUAUUCUUGCUACAAACCGCUCUGAUCCAGGCAGAAGAUAUUACACAUGUGAGAACAUUGAUGAUGGCGAGUGUCUUGUUUGGAAGUCAUGGGACCUCGCGGUUAUGGAGGAGAUGAGAGCAAGGGAUAGACACACACUUGAGCUCGCUGAAAAGGUUGACUCUCUAACCAUUAUGAGUGACUAUGAAACAGAGCAGAAGGUGGCUAAGUUAGAGUUGAUUGUUUCUGAGCUAGGUAACAAGAAUUCUAGGUUGAACAAGAGAUUUGACAUGGUUGUUGGUUUAGUGUUCGUUCUUCUUGUGGCAAUAGGUUUGGUUGUAAUGUUUAAGUAACAAUGUAUAAUGUGGUAUUUUGAGAAGAUGAAUAUGCAAUAGUUUAGGUGGUGAGGUCGGUUUAUUAGGAGAGCAAUGAUGUAUUAUUGUAUGUUGUAUUGGAUGUUCUAUGGGAUGUUGUAUGAGAUGUUGUAUUAUUGUAACAAGCUCGGAUGUUAUAUUAUUGUAUUAUUGUAUCAAGCUCGUAUGAUAAGCUGUGUUUAUUAGUUUAUGUGUCUGUUUAUGUGUCUGUUUUUGUACAAGUAUUAUAAGCUGUGUUUAUUGUAAUUUGCUCGGAUGAAUAUGUAAUAGUUUAUGUGACUGUUUUUGUACAAGUAUUAUAAGCUGUGAUGUCGGCAAGUAUUAAUUUUGUACACAAGCAACCCGUGACCCCUAUAUCCCAACAAAACAACAAACUCGUGUCACAAGCAAUCCAUGACCCCUAUAUCCCAACAAAAAAAACUAGUGUCACAAGGUACAUGACAUCACGGGUGAGACAUAGGCUAGUAAAAUAUCUACUCACUAUCACACUAUAAGUAGAAGAGAACUUCAUCACAUUUACUUCACAACUUCAUCCGUCUUCUAUCUCUCUUAAAAAUCAGAUUAAAAAUUAAGUUUUUUUUUUUCAUUUCAAAUGGCUGGUUCAUCACAUUAUCAUUACCAUAAAAAUGAUGAAGAUGAUGCUGAAUUUGAAUCUCUAUUUGAAGAAUUAUUAGAAAUCCCCGAAAUGUUGUCCGAACCCAAAAACAGAAAAAACGUAUUUUUAUUGAAAGACACCGCGAAGAAGGCGACAUCCAGCUAUGGAAUGAUUAUUUUUUUGAAACUCCUACAUAUCCUUCCAAUAUAUUCCGCCGACGAUUUCGAAUGAGCAAGUCAUUGUUCAUGCGGAUUGUGCAUCGCCUCUCUACGGAAGUGGAGUAUUUUGCUGCAACGGAAGAUGCAGUCGGAAGGCGUAGUCUAUCACCGCUCCAGAAAUGCACAGCAGCAAUACGUCAAUUAGCAUAUGGGGGUGGGGCUGAUACGGUGGACGAAUAUGUCAGACUUGGUGAAUCAACAGCUCGGAAUUGCUUGCACAAUUUUACUGCCGCAAUCAUCGACUUGUUUGGCGAUGAGUACCUAAGACGUCCAACACCCGAAGAUCUUGAAAGGCUACUACACAAGGGAGAAGAACGUGGAUUUCCCGGGAUGAUUGGAAGCAUCGACUGUAUGCACUGGGAGUAGAAGAAUUGCCCCACCUCUUGGAAAGGUAUGUAUUCCCGAGGAACAGAUAAACCAACUAUUGUGUUGGAGGCCGUGGCUUCUUAUGACCUCUGGAUAUGGCACACCUUUUUAGGAACUCCAGGUACUAUGAACGAUCUUAAUAUUCUUGAUCGAUCACCUGUUUUUGAUGACAUUAUUAACGGAAUUGCUCCCAAAGUCAAUUACAAUGUCAACGGCAGGGAGUACGAUUUGGCCUAUUAUCUUACAGAUGGUAUUUAUCCGGAAUGGG